GUACGACAUGCCGUUUCUAAUGAACUUAAACGACACGUAGUACGUUCACGUGACUAUAGAACGUUGCGAAGUCUUGAUAUUUGUUGUUGUUCAGCAUUUCUCCAUGGUUAUAUAGAAGAAUACGGAUAGGGGUGAGAAGCCAAAACCCAGCUUAUAAACCUUACUUAUCUUCUUCUCCGUGUCAUCAAUUUUCAAGCAGAGGGCAGCAGAAAUGGCGGUGAAAAUCAGGCUCGCGCGUUUGGGCUGUAAAAAUCGGCCCUUCUUUCGUGUAGUUGCCGCCGAUGACAAAUCUCGGAGGGACGGCAAACAAAUUGAGGUUUUAGGGUUUUAUGAUCCACUGCAAGGGAAAGACGACGCGAGGAGAGUGAGCCUCAAAUUCGACAGGAUCAAGUACUGGUUAUCGGUUGGAGCUCAACCAACAGACUCGGUCGAAAAUAUGCUCUUCAGGGCCGGUUUGAUUCCCCCAAAGUCUAUGGUAGUAAUGGGUUCCAAAAAUGGACAGCAAUCUACAAACCACCAUGUUUCACCCAUCACAGGUGAAAUCUUGAACUAGGAUCGUUGAUGUAAUGAGCAAAGAGCUAGCUUUUGUGUUUACUAAUGCUCGUUUAGACUUUUGUAUCUUGACAAAGAGUUCGGUGAAUUCUCGAUAUGGGUUAUGUCUUCAGAAAGUGUACUAUGACUAAUUGGGCUUUGGUUAUAUAGGCCCAUAUUUUUCUGAAAUCGAAUGUUACAUUUUUCUUAUGAAAAGUAUUUAACCGUCGCGAUUACCUGUAAUAAAAGGAAAAAAUUGAAC